AUGGAAUCUACGUCUUUACCGUUUGUUAAAAUCAUGGUAAUUGGCGGUGGCUUCUCUGGGCUGGCAAUGGGGUGCCAGCUGAAGACAAAACUUAACUGCGAUGACUUUGUCAUCUACGACCGAGCUGCUAAAGGUGGCGGUACUUGGUGGGCAAAUCAGUAUCCUGGAUGUGGGGUGGACAUUCCCGCUGUCUUUUAUAGCCUGUCGUUUGCUCCCAACCCGAACUUCACGAAAGCUUUUCCAAAACAGAAAGAAAUAUUAAACUAUUUCAAUAGUGUGGCUGAUCACUUUGAUGUCGCCCGACACUUUGUGUGUCACGUUGAUUGGGAAGAAGCACAUUGGCAGGAGGCUUCCAGCACCUGGCUAGUUAAACUGAAAGACCUUUCUACCGGGAAAAUCUUUCAGCAGCAAUGCUCCUUGCUUGUAUCAGCUGUUGGUGGGCUUACAGUUCCUAACAAGUUCCAGUUGGAUGGCAUUGAAAGAUUCGAGGGAGACAUCAUUCAUACAGCGAAGUGGAAGAAUGAUCUUUCUAUGAAAAACAAGAAUGUAGUGGUGAUUGGCAACGGCUCUUCAGCGUCACAACUGAUCCCAAACAUUGCGCAAGAUGCAAAGUCCAUCACACAAUUUAUUCGUACACCGCAGCAUUAUAUGCCGAGUCAAGACAUGCCGAUACCUCAAAUCUGGAUGACGCUCUUCCAGUACGCUCCAAUCAUUCUCCAAAUACUGCGGGCCAUCGUGUUCUUGUAUCUAGAAACCUCUGGCCCUCAAUUUAACCUCACCAAAGAUGGGGCCAAACGAAGACAAUCCGCACAUGAGAGAAGUGUUCACUAUGUUCAGUCAACGGCACCAGGUGAGCCCCACCGGAGGGUAUUUGACAACGACAAGUACAUUGCCAUUUUGAAUCGGGAGAAUGUUCAUCUGACAGAUGAUCCCGUUGUCUCACUCCAGCGAGAAUCAGUUCUCACGAAGUCCGGGCAGAUACACCCCGCCGAUAUCAUUGUGUUAGCCACAGGCUUCGCCCUCGCGCAAUACGACAGCAAGUUGAUAGGCCGAAACGGACUCAGUCGUGCGCAGCAUAGGGAGAAAUAUGGAACCUUUGAAGCCUUUAAAACGGUAGCUAUGGCUGGAUUCCCAAAUUUCUUUUACAUUCUGGGCCCUCACUCUGGGCGGGGGCACACAUCGACACUCCUUGCAGUUGAAAAUUUUAUCGAUCUCAUCAUCCAAGUAGCAAAGCCUGUCAUUCAUAAUCAAGCCUCUUACGUUGAAGUGAAGGAAUCCAGUGAGCGGCAGUAUCAUCAACAGAUUCACGCUGCUAUAGGCAAGACUGUUUUCAGCGACCAGUGCAGCAGUUGGUACAUUGACAAGAAGACGGGAAAGAAUUGGUUCUCAUAUCCUUGGAGUUCUUUCACGAUGUGGUACUCAACUCACCUUGGUGAUAAUACUGAUUGGGUCUAUCAGAGCGACCAAGGCUGCCCGUGA